CUCGUUGCUGCAGACAUUCCCAUAUCGGCGCAUAGAGAGACGCCACUGACUGCAAAAGAGGGCAAAGACUGCAUGACUGCAGCUGGCUGGCAAUGAUGAUGACACAAUUACUCUCCAUUUAAUGCGUGCGUUUAUAGUCAAGAAUACACCUGCGCAUACUGGACGAUGCACAUUCAUAGUCGCUCUGGUUUGGACUUUAUUUUUUGGUAACGAUGGGGGAUGGUGAGCUCGUUUUUCAGUUGCCCGGGAGAUCCGGCUCUCCGGCGGACAGCAGGAGUUUCAGCAGCGGCGUUGGCUUCGGGGAGACUUUGCUACUGCGGCACAAAGAAGUUCAUAACUUUUUUUUCGUCCCCUUCAGGGAGCAGCCCAUUUACAGCACGCGGGCCCACGUCUUCCAAAUUGACCCCAACACCAAGAAGAACUGGCUGCCCACCAGCAAGCAUGCCGUCACCGUGUCCUACUUUUACGACAGUACUCGCAAUGUCUACCGCAUCAUCAGCCUGGAUGGUACCAAGGCAAUAAUUAACAGCACCAUCAGUCCCAACAUGACGUUCACAAAGACCUCACAGAAGUUUGGCCAGUGGGCGGACAGUCGCGCUAACACUGUCUACGGCCUGGGAUUCUCCACUGAACAUCAUCUGUCCAAGUUUGCAGAGAAGUUUGCAGAGUAUAAAGAAGCAGCGCGGCUUGCUAAAGAGAAAAGCCAAGAGAAGAUGGAAAUGGCCACUUCGCCAUCUCAGGAGUCUCCAGCUGGGGAUUUUUCGUCACCUUUGACCCCUGUGACUCCACCCAUGGAAAAUAUCAACGGCACAGAUGAAAUCUGUGACACGACCCCCAACUCAGACUCCAGACCAGAACCGUCACAAAACGCACUGGCCUUCGCUCAUAGCCCGGCAAUGACAAAACACUGGGAAGCCGAGUUGGAGGCACUAAAGGGGAACAAUGCCAAGCUAACAGCGGCUCUGCUGGAGUCUACUGCCAACGUCAAACAGUGGAAACAACAACUGGCUGCCUACCAGGAGGAGGCCGAGAGACUACACAAACGAGUGACAGAGCUCGAAUGCCAGAGCAACCAAAGCCCGGCCAUCAAAUCUCAGAAGACAGAACUCAACCAAACCAUCGAGGAACUGGAGGCAACCCUGAGGGACAAAGAAGAGGAAAUGGAAAAACUAAAAGAAGAAUUGGAAAACAUGAAUGACCUCAUGGAGCAGAAAGACACUCUCUCCCAGAAACUGGAGGAAACGGAGCUCCGCAGUCGGGUGCUGGAGCAGCAGCUGGCGGGGGCCGAGCAGCGGCUGGAGGAGACUCAGGAGGAACAGGAGAACUUCAGGAAGAGCCUGCGAACGCUGCUGGAGCUGCUGGACGGCAAGAUCUUUGAGCUGACCGAGCUCAGAGACACUCUGGCCCGACUCAUAGAGGAGGCCAGCUAAGAAAAGGAGCUGCCACACGUCUUCAUUACAGAGCCAUACAACCACCUUCCCCAUGAUGAAGUUGAGAGCCCUCAAAAAUCUGAUUGCGAUCUUCCCCCUUUGUGGCUCAGAUAACGAGACUCAUCUUUGCCUCAUUGAAUCUAUGUAUCAUUCCUUCUUUCCAUUUUCAGUUUGACACAAUCAAAAUAAUUGCCUGUGUAUUUGUUUUAGAUAGCUGGAAUUUGUCACUAACAUUUCUCAUACUAAUCAAUAGAUGGCGAUGGCGUGGCGCUAGAAGAUAUCAUGCUGCUUCUCCAUCCAAAAUUCCACAACUGUGAAUUUUGUACCACUAAUUUGAUUCCUCUUCACCUGAAUCCCGCUAAUUAAUUGUAAUUAAUGUGAAGGCGCCAAGCUCUCGCCACCCAUUGGUCAGGAUGAGAAAUAUUGUCAGUGACAAUAAUAUUCUAAUAUUCCAAAACCAAUACAUAGACAAUUUUUCAAUUUGUGUCUUGUGCUAUAUUUUACUUGUGUUUUAUAAAUUAAAAUUGAUAACCAAGCUGAUAUUAGACAUUGACUCUCUUGCUCCAAAGAACAAACGAGAAACACGACCAAUUAAUCUCAAUUUAAACCAAAACAAAAACACCAAACUAAUCAGUUAAUUGGCUAUUAACAAUUACAUAACAUUAAUUGGAUAUUUUUCAAUUGAAAAGGGAAAGAACAACUGAUAUUAUUAUUAUUAUUAUUAUACCCAAAUUGGCUGCUUGUUGAAGUGAUGGGACUCCAAGCCCCUCUCAGACGCCCACGUGCACACUCCCACUUAACUGUGCCUCAGUGCCAUCUGUUGUGUCACUGCGAAAACUACACUACAUCAUCACAGCUUGUAGCAACGCCCCCCCCCCCCAACCCCACUUCACUCUCCCCUGACAAACGUGGAAAGUCAUGUGGAAAUAAUGGCUCUGAAGACAGUAAAGAAAAAAAUGUUGCCAAAGCUGCCAGAUCUUUUCAAACAUUGUCCUCACGCUACGCUGAUUCAAAGUGACUCGACUGUACAGAGAAGCAACUAAGUGUCGCAGUUCCGGAGAAUUAAUGGACGACUUUCCACCAAAACACAAAGGAACAUUGCAGAUGCUCCCAAUGUCUGGACGCACAGAGCUGUCACCAAACCGCAUUACAAUAUGGUACACUUCAAAACCUUCCUUGAUAGCAGUGGACUUUUUAUAUGAAUUAGAAAAAAAGCAAUCAUUGACCUUUUACAGCAGAUGGACCACAUACCAAGACAAAGCCCUUGACCAUCCAUCCGAAGAGUCCAUUAAUUUCUAUUUUUAUCUAGAUAAGAUCAUAAUGCAAAGUCUUCAAUACAAUACACAUUAUGUUUUACUUAACAUUUUAUCUUAGCUAGGUGUUGUUUUAGUUCUUUGGCAUUACCAAAUUCCUAUUUGCAGUGAUUUUCUGCAUAUAUGGAUUUCUCCUCGUGAUUUUCAUCCAUUUGCAUUUUCUUUAAAAAUGUUGCUUUGGCACCAUCUUGCUGCAUCUUGUUGCCAAUGAACUAUGUUUAAGUGAGUUGAGGAGUUCCAUGUAUUGAUUUUUUAUCAUCUUGUGGCAAUUUUAAACUAAAAUCAAAGUUGGUUGACAGUACUAAAUGCAGUGCUACCUGCAGUUGAAUUCUUUUUAAAUUGAAGGCACCCUUGUGUACAUACAUUUUUGAAUCAUGACUUUUUCCCAUCUGCUGUAUCUGGCUAUCCAUUUGCCCUUCAUGUAAAAUCCCCACUGCUUAAUGGAAGAUGGAAACCUUCUAUGGGCGUUAUCAUGCUACACGGAAACGUCAGAAGGCCGUGUGACCUGGUCGGAUGGGGCAUGAGAGUGUCUCGCAUCCAGACUGCUUCCACCGUCGCAGGCAACUGAGCCGUCUUCCUGCCAAACUCAGUGUGGCGUGCGUGUGUACGUGAGUGUGGAGCUUCUGACCUUCAGCUUCAAAGUGUGCCUUCCGAGCACACGCCAGCGGACAUACCGAUUCUUUGUACAUAGUAAAAUGUGUGUGUUGUGCCUGUUUUGGGGACACGGAUGGUCGACACCUGCGCACUCACACUGAGCAAUACCAGGCAGGCUCUGUACAACACCUCUCUGUCAUUCUAUCAGGUACUUUUUCUUCAAGUGGACUGCACACGCAUCAAUGCAGAUGAUCCCCCCCCCCCCCCUCACCCGACCAACAGGAAGUGAAUUGCUCUUGACCGCUAACCUGUGUGGCAGCCCUCCUGGUCAAAGCGGUGCAUCACGAAGGGCUUCUAGAGUGUUCUAUUCACUUCUUGUGUGUGACUUUGCACCCUGAGUAAAACCGGCCACAGCUUUUCCCUCCUAUGGGUGAACACAGAACUGUUUUUUGGUUUUUUUUUACACUGGCUAUAAUUGUGUUUUAAUUAGAGAACCAUAUACGACAACUUUGUACUCAUGUAAAUGGAUGGAAAGCAAAUGCAGUAACGCUGUGCAACGACUUAUUGUUGUGUAUUAACCCAUGGAAAAGUGUUACUGUAGAGUACAGUGGACUUUGUAAGCAUAAGAUGGCAAUCUUUUGUCUAUAUUGAUUCUGAAAAUGCAUAACAGUGCAAUACUCCGAUAUGUACCGGGUCGAUUAUUAUUAUCUUUGGGAAAUCUUUGCCUUUGACUUUCAAGGUCUCUCGUUUAUUUUAAAAACCUCACGCAAGAUGCUGCGACUUCAACAGUCCUAAAUCACAUUAUGAAUUGAGCACCUUGUUUUCACUGUGUAACCACUAUUUCGAAACACCCCGAUAUAUUUAGAUUUGACUUUCACGCGGUGAUACUCGAUAAGUUGCACAGGUUAAUACACUGGAAUAAGGCCCAUGUACCGAAACGUUACUCAAAUGUAGACUUUGGAGGUGGAACACCUUAAUUAUAACAUGCUUGAUUGCUGACGAAUGCCUUUGUACAGCGGUGGAUAUAAAAAGCUUUUUGUUUUCUUGUUUUGUAAUGUAUGGUAUUUAAUGUAGGUAAUAUUAUUGUAUUUAGAGGUAUGAGAGGACCGGCAAUAUUUUUGACUAUUUAAAGUAAUUUUGAACUCAUGAUAUUAAAGACGUACCUCAGGA